UUUUCUCCCACCAUAUAAAUAGCCCCUCACGUGCUCUUCGCCUCCCUCGCCACCCAUUCAACUCUCUGAAUUUUUCUCCUUCUCCGUUCAAUCGAAAUUUUCAGCCAUGUCUGACGAGGAGCAUCAAUUUGAGUCUAAGGCUGAUGCCGGAGCAUCAAAAACGUACCCUCAACAAGCUGGUACUAUUCGUAAGAGCGGUUACAUCGUCAUCAAAGGCCGUCCAUGCAAGGUUGUGGAAGUCUCUACAUCCAAAACUGGCAAGCAUGGUCACGCCAAAUGUCAUUUCGUUGCUAUUGAUAUCUUCACUGGAAAGAAGCUUGAGGAUAUUGUCCCCUCUUCACACAAUUGUGAUGUGCCCCAUGUUAAUCGCACAGAUUAUCAGCUUAUUGACAUCUCUGAAGAUGGAUUUGUGAGUCUGCUCACUGACAAUGGUAACACCAAGGAUGACCUCAGGCUUCCUACUGAUGAUAGUCUGCUUUCACAGAUCAAGGAUGGGUUUGCUGAGGGUAAAGACCUCGUUGUGUCUGUUAUGUCAGCUAUGGGUGAGGAACAGAUUAAUGCCCUGAAGGAUAUUGGCCCCAAGUAAUCUCUUGAUUGGAUUGCUUGACGCGAAGUUCUUUACUACCUUGAGUGAGAUAGAUAUUAUAGUUAUGGAAAAACAUUGUGGUCUUGUGGAAAAUUCUUCAGUAUUUGCGGACCAUUGUGAGUUAGAUUUUUAUUUUUGUUGUUUUAAAUUGUGGUAUUCAUCUGAAUUUUGUCCUACUCUAGUUUUUUAAAUUUGGUGUGGGGAAAUGCUUAACCUGCAGCUAUAUACCAUCUUCUUCACCUA